AUGGCAUCCGUCUCAAUUACACCACUUCUGAAGCUCCUGGCUCAAUACCAGGAUGCCGAACAAAAAGUUGUCACUCAAGACAUUGUCACAGAGAUUACCGCCGCUUUUGCUGCGAUUCUAGGACAGGGUGAAGUCAGUGACACCCAGCGAGCCGCUCUACUCACGGCUUUAACGUUCUCAAACCUGUACUACGAUUCGCAGAUUGUCAAUGCGAUUGUCAAAGUUAUGCGAGAGGCUGCUGUUCGGGUCCCAAUCGAUUUUCAUGAUAAAGAAUUUGCGACAAAGAGGCGCUUGUUGAAGCGGAACGGCUACCAUGGCGGCUUUGUAGAUAUCGUAGGCACCGGCGGAGACGGUCACAAUACUUUCAAUGUCUCCACAACCUCUGCCCUCCUUGCAUCGCCUUACCUUCUUGUUGCCAAACAUGGCAAUCGUGCAGCUACCUCGGUCUCGGGAAGCUCUGAUAUGAUCUCAGCCCUCGCUGGAGGCCCUUUCAUCCUCAAUAUUCCUCCGGAAGCUGUCGGGAAAAUCCUGACCGGCUACUCUAACCUUGCCUUCCUCUUCGCUCCAACCUACCACACCGGUCUCGGUUCCCUAGCCCGGGUUCGCAAAGAACUCGGCUUUUCCACUAUUUUCAAUGUUGUCGGACCCCUCUCCAAUCCAAUUGAAGGAAUCGAAGCUCGCAUCCUCGGCGUCAAGAACCGAGAACUCGGAAAAGUCUUCAGCAAGGUGCUCCAGCUCAUGGGCUGCCAAAAGGGGAUGGUGGUCUGUGGUGACGUCGGAAAAGGUCUUGAUGAAAUCUCUCCAUGCGGAAAGACAUUUUGCUGGAGACUUAUCGCUGCUCCUCCCGGUUCCCCGCCUGGUACGCUAGCUACCAUUGAGCAGUUUGAACUCCACCCUGUCGAGGAUUUUGGAGUCGCCUUACAUCCGUUAGAAGAAUGCAAGAGUCGAUCACCCGAAGAAAAUGCGAACAUUGUCAAAUCUAUCUUGAGGAAUGAAGUUCCGGCUGGUGAUCCGAUUAUGGACUAUUGUUUGAUUAACUCGGCUGCUCUAUUGGUUGUCGCCGGUGUUACGAACGACUGGAAGGAUGCUGUCGAGCUCAUCAAACAGGGUCUUAAAGACCAGGCGCCAUUAAAAGAAUGGGAAGGGUAUUUGACGGGUUGUAAGUUUUAUGAAAAGUCUCCUGAGGCCGUCGCAACUGUCACAACCAUCGCCAAUGAUGUCGCACCAGCCGCCAACGGUGUCACGACGAAUGAGACGAACGGGGUACAUUAG